CCCUCGCGGUGGCUGUUUCCCGGAGCAUGCGCGCUCGCGCUGCCGACACCCUCCCCCCCCCUUUGGCCGUGCGUCAAGAUGGCGGCCUCCGUCUUGAAUGUGCUGCUGAGGCGCCUGCCUAUGCUUUCGCCCUUCAGAGGCGCCUACGGAGUUCAGGUUUCCCACCAGAAUCUUUGUUCCAAAGCCUCCCCUGAGGAAGAUUCUUUGUCCUCACUUCCCAUUUCUCCUUAUAAGGAUGAGCCCUGGAAAUACCUAGAUUCAGAAGAAUACCAGAGCCGCUAUGGUUCUCGUCCUGUCUGGGCUGACUACCGUCGCAACCACAAAGGUGGAGUACCCCCGCAACGGACUCGAAAAUCAUGUAUUCGUAAAGAUAAAGUUGCUGGGAACCCCUGUCCCAUCUGCCGGGAUCACAAGCUGCAUGUUGACUUUAGGAACGUGAAGCUCUUGGAACAGUUUGUCUGCGCUCACACGGGCAUCAUCUUCCAUGCUCCUUAUACAGGGAUCUGUAUGAAACAGCACAAGAAGUUGACCCAGGCCAUCCAGAAAGCCAGGGAUCACGGUUUCCUCAGUUACCACAUUCCCCAGGUUGAACCUCGCGACCUUGACUUCAGCACCUCUCAUGGAGCUGUCAGUAUUACUCCGCCAGCCCCCACCCUGGUUUCAGGUGACCCCUGGUACCCAUGGUACAGCUGGAAACAACCACCAGAGAGAGAGCUGGCCCGUCUUCGCCGGCUCUAUCAGGGCCAUCUCAAAGAAGAAAGUGGCCCCCCACCUGCGUCAAUGCCCCAGGUUCCCCUUACAACCUCAAUUGAAGCCUCCCACGUUGAGCAGGCAGACCCCCAGAGUGCUCCAUCUGCCUCUGAGCAGGCAGGCCCCCAGAGUGCUCUGUCCCCCAAUGAGCAGGCAGGCCCCCACAGUGCUCAGUCUGCUCCUAAGCAAGCAGACCCCCAGAGUGCUCCAUCUGCCUCUGAGCAGGCUGGCCCCCAGAGUGCUCAGUCCCCCACUGAGCAGGCAGGCCUCUAGAGUGCUCUGUAGGAGAAGCUGUUGAAUGGGAAGGAAGCCCAAGGGGUUAUGAAAUCAUGUCUAGGAAUUUCGUGAUGCAAUUUCACCCUGAAAAGUUGUAGCUGUUCUGUUGGCAAUGGGAGGCCUAGGGCCAGAGAAAGGAAAUAGUUGAAGCGAUCAAUAACCUGAGGCCAAGGAAGGACAGUACAGUGUGUGGAAAACCCCUGACCCCUGCAUUUUGUGACUAGAUGAACUGAAUGUUCUGUUGCUAUGUCGGACUUCUGCCAAGUCCACUUUUCUACAAUAAACUAUCUGCUGUGGCUGCGCUGUUUCA